ACACCUUGUCAAACAGGUCUUUAUUUGAUCAGUUGUGCUUUUCAUCAAGUUGCUACUGUACGGAUUUGUGUUUCUGUUCAGUCAACUAACUCUAAAUGUUUGCUCUGUUGUCUAUCAGAGGACAUUUUCCCGUGCAAAGACUGUGGAAUCUGGUACCGCAGUGAGAGGAACCUACAGGCCCACCUCAUGUACUACUGUGCCAGCCGUCAAAAGCAGCCGGCAGCAGCCUCCUCCCCGCCACAAGACAAACCCAAGGAGUUCUACCCCAAUGAACGCAUCUGCCCCUUUCCACAGUGCAACAAGAGCUGCCCCAGCGCCAGCUCACUGGAGAUCCACAUGCGCACACACAGUGGUGAACGUCCAUUUGUCUGUCUCAUCUGUCUGUCAGCCUUCACCACUAAAGCGAACUGUGAGCGCCACCUUAAAGUCCACACAGACACACUGAAUGGAGUGUGUCACGGCUGUGGCUUCGUCUCCACCACAAGAGACAUCCUCUACAGCCAUCUGGUCACCAGCCACAUGGUGUGCCAGCCUGGAUCUCGCAGUGAAGUCUAUUCCCCAGGGCCAGGCCUUCCCAAGCUGCCCCUGUCCACUGGUCUCAGUCCAGGAGACUCUGGUGUGGUGUUGAAGUGUCAAGUGUGUGGCCACAACUCUGACUCCCCUGCCCAGCUUCAGCAUCAUGUGCGAACCCACCUAGAGGUUAGGGUCCCAGCCGAAAGGAGCCCCACUCCCCGCCAAAGUACCCCAUCAUCAGUUGACCACCCUCAGCUGUCUCCCCAGGAGAGGGAGCCCCUUGCCUGUGUCCCCACGCCAGACUCAUCUAGCCCUGGUGCAAACGGUGGCUCGGCCACGCCUCGAGACUACAGUCCUCAGGAUGCUCCAACCACUGACCUAAAGAUCAAAGAGGAGCCUCAUUCAGACUCAGAGACAGAAGAACAGCAAAUGGAGAUUAUGGAGGAUGGAGAGAAAGAGGAGCUUGGUGGAGAGGAGGGACAUCAAGGAGUAAGAAUCAAGACAAAGGAGAAGCAAAUCACUACAUCCUCCUGCCCGACAUCAACCUCUCCGAAGAGUCCAGCCACCGCAACUGUGAAGGCAGAACCAACUAGUCCCACCCCUGGUUCUAGCCCUGCGGAUGUGGGAGGCACAGGGUCAGUUCUUCCUGGAGGAGCAAUGUUCUUGCCUCAGUAUAUGUUUAAUCCUGAGGCAGCCAUUUUGCCUCAGGCCUCAGAAAUACUGGCUAAAAUGUCAGAGAUGGUCCACAGCCGACUGAAACAGGGCCAGGCAGUUCCUCAGAACAACCCGGCGGCCUUCUUCCCCUCUGGACCAACUACACCUACAGCCGAAGCCACUCCCUCUCACAAAGGAGCCACCUGCUUUGAGUGUGAUAUCACAUUCAACAACAUCAACAACUUCUAUGCACAUAAGAGGCUGUACUGCUCCAGUAGGCACCACGGAGAAGGUGCAGCCUCAGCUUCAGGCCCUGGAUCGACAAGGGAAGCAGCCCCAGCCACGUUGCCUUCCAGUGGGGCACAUGGCUCGUCCAUAUCUCCUCAGGGUGGAGCAGCAAGUAGAGCAGCUUCUGCUUCUCCUACUGACUCUGACCCUCUUGCAGGAAGUGGAGCAACAGAACCCAAGAGGGUGGUGGAAAUAAAGACAGAAACCCCUAGAGAGGGAAUAUCAUCCUCUUCUGAAGGGGAAGGUGGAGGUGGAAGUGGAGGAGCAGGGGGUGGAGGAGGAAGAGCAAGCGAAGGCAGCCAGAGUCCUGCUAGUGGUUCCGCGGAGGACCAGGAAGAAGAUCCCAAUAGAACCUUCUGCCAGGCCUGCAACAUCCGCUUUAGUCGUCAUGAAAACUACACUGUACACAAACGCUUCUACUGCGCUUCACGCCAUGACCCAUCGAACCACCGAUCCGUACACAUGGCCAAGGCAACCACAACAGCAGCCUUCCUUCCCCAGCCCAUCCGCAAACGCAAGAGGAAGAAGAUGUACGAGAUUCAUAUGGCCAGAACUGAAGCCUUAGCCAACGCUGCUGCUGCUGCCGCCGCUGCCACUGCUGCUGCCUCUGCACCAUCUCCCUCUGUUCUGGGCUUGGCAGUGAAGCAAGAGGUUUCUCCCAGCGGGGCAGGCAGCUCCAGCCCUGAAGGAGAUGGCCCGAUUGACCUCAGCAAGAGGCCCCGUCUGAGAGAGGUACCGCGUCAUAGCAGUAGCAGUAUUCUCCCUGCCCUGCCCCUUACAGACUACCACAAGUGCACCGCCUGCAGUAUCAGCUUCAACAGCAUUGAGAACUACCUGGCUCAUAAAACCUACUAUUGCCCUGCUACCACCCUCCAGCCCCACACCUUGGAGCAGCUUCACAGGCUCAAGAGUUCGGCCUCUACCUCUCCCAAAAGCAGGCCUCAGCAGGAGCGCCCAGAUCAUCUGCACCCUAUGGAGGCUAAAGCUCUGCCUGCUGAGUGGGUUGCCCAGGCUCAAGGCACAUCAUCCAGUCCUCACCCCUCUGCCUUACCUGCCGCCGAUGCCACAUCUCCUCCCCAUACAACCACCGCACUUGCAGCCACCCCAGGGGCUGGAGCCAAAGGCGCAGGCUCUAGUUCCUCUCAGGUGGUCUGCCCAUACUGCCCUAACAGGCUCAUUACCUGUGACCUGAUGGAGCACUUCAAGACUACCCACGGCCUUGUUGUAACCAUUCAGCCACCCCAGCCAGGCAGUGCAGUCAGCCGCAGCCCCAGCCUUAGUCCCAGGGAUGGACCUGCUGCAACCACCUCCACCACCCCAACCAGCCAGCCCAGAUUGGUCUCUCGAGUUCACAGAGACAGCAUCAACGGGCAGGCAAGGAGCGGUACAACUUCUCCCGUCUCCCCACUGGUAAAUGGCAGCCCUUCAGCUGGGGGUGGAUCACCUUUGGCUGGCUCACCUCUGCCCAUGUCUCCCCCAAGGGCUUCUUCUCUGACUUUGUCACCUGUGCCUGAGGUCCUGAGGGAGACUGUGGGUUCAUCCCCAGACAAGGCUGUCCCGACCGUGAUCUCCCAUCCCGUCCCCACGCCCCAGCCUGCCCCCAUCACCGGCCCCAAAUCCACAGUGAUCUCCCCCGUCCUGAACGGUAACUCCCGCUUCUGUCGGCUCUGCAACAUCAAGUUCAGCAGCCUCUCCACAUUCAUAGCUCACAAGAAAUACUACUGCUCUUCCCACAGUGCCGAACAUGUCAAGUGAGCUCCGUAUUUCUCUUCUUCCUCUGCCAGUCCUCCCACAUCGGGGCCAAAAUGGAGCUCAGCUGGCAUGUCCAUGAAUGACGAUAAAUGACUGUUACUCACCUGGCAGGGCCUGAUGUCCAACUGCUCCAGAGCAGAAUUUGCAGGUGGUGUUACUAACAUACAUGAACUGAUAUUCUCCUGCGAUGGGUCAAAGUCUGUAGCACACUAAGAGCUGAGACAGAUGCUACCUGCAUACACUGGUGUGCCCUCGUCCCCUAAAUCACUCUCUGUCUUCGCCCCCCCAGUCACCAAUUCAACAUCUACCACUCCCAGGCCUCACAUUAUGUUGCAUUAUGGGAUGUUAAAAACAUUUCAGUCAACAGCCUGUUUUCCGUCUCUCUGUUGAACAGUGUCAGUAAUUAGAUUCUGACUGAUGAGGCAUCUCUGGCUGAGGACGAUACAGCAAUGGUGAUGCUGGUUGUGAUGGAUCUCCAGUCUUUUCCUGAGCUCUUAAUGUUCCAGACCUGAACAGAGGAAUCGUUGUUCCUGUGUGGAACAGACGUGAUCAUUGUUAAUGUUUUUAAUAUCUGUGCAUAGUGUAUGAUGUCUGAAAAGAAGAAUUCUAUAUGCUUUUGGUUUCAACACUGGCUCUUUCUGCUUACUAGAGAAGCUAAAGUCAUUUAGUUGAAAAACAAAUAUGUGGUAUCACAAUGUUACUAAUUACUGAAGGAUAAUAUUUCAAAAUGGACAAUUCUGUUCUUUUCUUUCAUACACACACAUUUUUAUUUUUUUCUUUAAAAUGCAAGGGUUGAAAAAAAUGUGAAAUAUUUAUCUUUUAGUCCUCACUGAUUUCAUGUCAACAGAAAACUACCUAGUGUCUGAGAGUACUUGUAUUUUUUAUUUGUAUAUUUUUCAUACUGUUGGAUCUGGGUGUGUAGACGUGUAGAUAUGUAAUAUCUUCACUGGGAUCACACUGACCCUUCUUAUCACGUUAGCAUUUGGUGUUCUGUUGAUGCCGUCUUUAACCAGCGCUGUUUAUUUUUAGCCGCUCUUGAUGAGCAACACGAUUAGAUCAGAGCAGCUUCCUCACUCACACAUCCUCACAAGAGAGAGUUGACCGGAGCGCUUCUCAUACUGUUGUGUUCAUACUUUGGUGAUAAUGAUGUAGCCUCACACAUGUUAGGGGAUACAAAAACCAAACUUUGAAUCCAUAUCUUUAGUUAGCCGCCUCCAUACCAUGCAAAGUAUGCUCAUUACGGACACACAGCUUUUGUUGACCUGCCAUUUGAUACGUAUACUAAGGGAUACACAAAACACAAAGAAAUGCUUGGUUGUCUAAUACGCAUCUUAAAAGAUGUUCUGUUUCUUUUAAAUGAUUGUGUUUCUGUCCGGGAAUGAAGGCAUAGCAGGGAACAGUCACAUGGUAUUACAGCGCCUCACACAGCACAGUAAGCACAUAUUCAGUAGCCACUCGUGUGUGUGAGAGAGAGACACUGUUCUGUUCCUCUCUCACUUUAUUGCUCUCUCACUCAUGCACACAUCCUCGCUAUGUCCCCGUGCUGCAGUAGCAGCUGCAAUACAGUGUUAGUUAGAACUGUGAAAGGCUUUUUACUUUUCAAAUAUUGAUGCAAACUUCUGAGGGUCAUCUUAAGGUUUUUUGAGGGCCAGACAUAUUUUGCCAAUAACCAAUAUAGCAUCCAGACACUGAGGUUGUUACAGAUUUUGUCUUUUUUCCCCAAUUUCUAAAGAAUAAGCAUUUUCCAGAGGAUUUGACUCGUUAAUGUACAACAGACUCUAAGACACAAUUGGACCUUUAUGGUACACUAAAAAUACAGAGUUGGGAAAAUAGUAUUGGGGGAUAGCAUUUUGCUGGUCAGCAGGGGAGCAAACAAACCAGCUGUUAGACAUUUCUGCUCAAAUACUAACGUCAGUCAAACUGUAAACCUACCAACACAGCCUGUUGGCUGCUAUCGUCCUGCCUUCAGUGGUGAACAUGCGCCUAAUCAAAGGUGUCACUCUCUCGUCAGUGGUUGAGAGAAAUAUUGUUGUCUUUUUGGAUCACCCAUUAGGGACAACAGAACAAGCUGUCAAAAACAUUUACAUAUUGUCACAGCAGAAAGUUGUUAUGGUGAAUGUGGCAAUGUGAGCUCCUCAUUAAUCAACUGAUCAUCACCCAUCUGUUCGUUCCCAAAACUGGAAAACAAAUGUGAAAGUGUCGGACUUCUUUAACAUCAUUCAAAGUUCCUGGUUGGUGUUCUGCUCUGUGGUGGUUUGAAGCAGCACCGUACCAGACCCAACGUAUCUCCAUCGGUCCAAAUUGAAAGAGAAAACGCAGAUGAAAGUCACAGAGUCAGGUCAACUUGUCACCUAUUGAGUAACUGAGUGCUGGAAAAUCAUCCUUGGAACUUAACCCCUUGUAAUUGCACUGUGUUGUAUAAAGAUGUGCUGAAUGUUUUAGUUUUAGGGACUUUUUUUUAUUGUAUUUAUGUUAAACAGAACUUUUCCCCGUCCAACGUGCGUCACCUUGAAGGACCUUCUGAAAGAGUUCAACCUUCACCUGAAACCCUUUGUUUCCUCGCUGUAAACAUGUUCUGUUAAUGAUUCCUCUGAUGUCCAUAAUGGAGAAAAUCACAAUGAAUGUCAAGACUUUUAUUUCCAUAUUUUCAUUUCAGUUCCAUUACAUUCUUGUCCAAACUAUGCAUGGGAAAUAAAAAAGAGUUCUGAGCGACACUGA